ACUGUCGCUUCCCUUCACUCACUCCGGCCAGCGGAAUGGACUGAGAUGCCGCUGUGUGAGUCUGAGCAACUCCACAGCCACCCGAAGAAGAAGAAGAAGAAGAGGAAGAAGAAGAAGAAGAAGUCGGGGGUAAAUACGGAAAUAACCAGAGAUGGACAACAGUGACACGUAUUUACAUCUCAACUCACCUGGGGCACUUAACUCCUCCCUCUCACAGCCUCCACCAAUGAGCUCCAUGAUGGGUCACUCGUCUGUCAUCAGCACCUCACGUCCCCUCCCUUCGGCUAUGGGGUACUCGGUCAUCACUUCCUCUAUGAGCUCGCCCUCUGCCUCACUACCCUCCACUCCUGCCAUGGACUUUGGCGCCCUCAAUAGCCCACAGAUGAACUCUCUGAGCAGUGUGAGCAGCUCAGAAGAUGUGAAGCCUCCUCCUGGUCUGCUGCCCCUGGCCAAUAUCAACAGCUACCAGUGCACCAGUCCUGGAUCCAUGUCCAAACACAUCUGCGCCAUCUGUGGUGAUCGCUCCUCAGGAAAACACUAUGGUGUGUACAGCUGUGAGGGGUGCAAAGGUUUCUUCAAGAGGACCAUCCGGAAAGACCUGACCUACACGUGUCGAGACAGCAAGGAGUGUCUGAUUGAUAAACGCCAGCGCAAUCGCUGCCAAUACUGCCGCUACCAGAAGUGUCUGGCCAUGGGCAUGAAGAGGGAAGGACUGUGUUUAUGUGCCUCCUGGCUCACUGUAGCGGUUCAGGAAGAGAGGCAGCGUGGGAAGGAGAAGAGCGAUAAUGAGGUGGAGUCGACCAGCAGUUUUAAUGAAGACAUGCCUGUAGAGAAGAUCCUGGAUGCCGAGCUCGCAGUGGAGCCCAAGACUGAAACGCACACAGAUGACAGUCCAGGAAACUCUACAAAUGACCCAGUCACUAACAUCUGCCAAGCAGCAGAUAAGCAGCUCUUCACACUGGUUGAAUGGGCUAAAAGGAUACCGCACUUCUCAGACCUUCCCCUGGAUGAUCAGGUCAUUUUGCUUCGGGCAGGCUGGAACGAGCUGCUCAUCGCCUCGUUCUCGCAUCGCUCAGUCACGGUAAAAGAUGGCAUUCUGCUGGCCACAGGUCUCCAUGUGCACCGGAGCAGCGCACACAGUGCCGGAGUGGGUUCUAUUUUUGACAGAGUGUUGACUGAGCUGGUGUCUAAGAUGAAGGACAUGCAGAUGGAUAAGACGGAGCUAGGAUGCCUCAGAGCCAUCGUUCUUUUUAACCCAGAUGCUAAAGGCCUGUCUAACCCGGCUGAUGUGGAGGCGCUUAGAGAAAAAGUCUACGCCUCGUUGGAGUCCUACACCAAGCAGAAAUACCCCAACCAGCCCGGCAGGUUUGCUAAGCUCUUACUACGUCUACCCGCUCUGCGUUCGAUUGGACUGAAGUGUCUCGAGCAUCUCUUCUUCUUCAAGCUGAUCGGAGACACGCCCAUAGACACAUUCCUAAUGGAGAUGCUGGAAGCACCCCAUCAGAUAACAUGACAUAAGCCCUGCCCCUCUCUUCCUUUUUUUUUACUGUGUUUGCAAACGCAUCCAUGUGAUAACUGGUGAACUUGACUGAGGACGUAAGCUAGACGUUUUGUACAGAGCACAGACCAGACCUGGUGUGAGAGAUGUGUAUUGGGGAGGGGGACCGGACAGGGGCGGGGGCAGCUCAUCAAGUACGCUGUCAAUAUAAAUUUGAAUAGAUUUGUUUUGUAAAGUAACUUUCUCUUGUAAAUAGAUCAUUUUCACGCAUCCAUGUGCUCUAACAGCAAAGCAAUGCAACAACAGAGCGUUUAUUUUGUUGAGGGGGGAAAAACUACAGAAUUUCUACAAACUGCAUUCCUGUCUAAAUAAAAUAUUUAAAUGUA